CCGAAUCACUCGGGCCACCAUUGCGCCUUUCGCUCUCUCUCAUUUCGUUUCGUUUACGUUUGUUGUCCGGUCGUCGGCUCCAGACAACGGACUUGUUGCGUUAAUUUUUCAAUUUUUUCAUCCAUCGUGAUCCUGUGACUCUUCAAAUAUGGUAAGUUUUCAUUGAGUAUGGCUUGUUGCUUAUCAAACGUGUAUUAGAGUUCUUGUUAGUUAUGGUCGAAAUUUAAUUAAUCGCACAUGUGCCUUAUAGGUAUUCUCGUAAAUCUUUGCAUUCUACUGUUCGUUGUUUGUACACGUAAUCGUGGCAAGUGUAAAUUGACUAAAUAUAACAAAUUCGUUAAACUCCUUUAGCUUUGUAACCUUCGUGUCUAUGGAUUUUACAAUUUUUGAAACGUCCUUAACGUUCUCUUUUUUUAAUAUCUAUCCCUAAUUAAGGUUAUGCUAAAAUGUGUCGGACACAUCGUAUUCCAAAAAAUAUGUACGUUAUGCACGUGUUUAAAUUAUUAAAUUGUUAGUUUUGCUCUCUUUUAGUUAUCUUACAAAUUUUAUUUACUCUUCGGGCCAUUUUCACUAACGUAAAAAAGCUAAUAUCUGAUUCUUAAACCGAGUUUAUGGCUGAUAACCCACCAUAGUUGGUCUAUUAUUUUUUCGUUAGUGAGAACUGGCCUCAGUUAUUAAAACUCUAGGUACUUGUAGGUAUAUUUAAUUUAAAUUGCUUCACAAAUGGAUAUUGGACCUAAAUAAUACUUGUUAUAAUGUAUGCAAAUUUAAAUAUAUUUGGUUCCAUCAAAUGUGUACACUAUAUUUAGCUUUACAUUCAUCUGAUGGUUGUCUUAAUUUCUUAGCCGGUGAUGAUUUAGUUAAAAAUGUUUACAGUUAGAUACACUGAACGUAAUGAUGUCAUUUUACUAGGGCGGUCUGAGGCUAUCAUUAAUAUUAAUUUUAAAUUUAAAUAAUCUCUUUUCUAUAAGUAUCAUUUAAUAUGUAACUUCUGAUGUUAGGGCUCUUCCUCUUUUUUUUGAAUUAAUCUUGUAGUUUGGUUUAAAAUAUUGUCUAAAUAUAUUGUACCUAAUAUAUUUAUUUUAAAAUGUGUUUUGAUAUGUUUUUGUUUUACAGUCUCAUCGUAAAUUUAGUGCUCCUCGUCAUGGUUCGAUGGGUUUCUACCCAAAAAAGCGCGCACGUCGUCAUCGUGGUAGAGUAAAGUCUUUCCCUAAGGAUGAUCCUAGCAAACCAAUCCAUUUGACUGCUUUCAUUGCUUACAAAGCUGGUAUGACUCAUGUCGUACGUGAAGCUGAUCGUCCUGGAUCAAGUAAAUAAAUUGAUCCCUUUUGAUUAAAUUUAUAUUCUAUUUAUUGCUGUAUUUUUUAAGAACUCAACAAGAAGGAAAUUGUGGAACCCGUAACCAUAUUGGAAACUCCACCAAUGAUCAUCAUCGGAGUUGUAGGUUAUGUCGAAACCCCAUAUGGUCUUAAGCCUCUUAAGACAGUGUUCGCAGAACAUUUGUCUGAAGAUUGUCGUAGACGCUUUUACAAAAACUGGUAUGUGUUAACUUUUUUUUCUUCAAUCAGUAAAUUAAUUUCUUAGCCAGUGAUGAUUUAGUUAUAAAAUGUUUACAGUUAGAUUCACUGAAUCUGAUGAUGUCACUUUACUAGGGCGGUCUGAGGCUAUUAUUUUUUAAUAUGUACAUUCUGAUUAAACAAUAAUUUUGAUCUCUUUGUAUAAAUGUUUAACUACUUAACUCUCCUCUCCGGCAGCGGAUGAGAGUAAAAAAUAGAACCGCUUUUUUUUCAAAUUGAUAUUUGAAUGACGGUUUGAAGAGGUAGUUGUGUUUCCUCUCAAGACUUUUGUCUAUGAUGAGACCACUCUUCAUUUUGUGUGUCACACAUUCAGGUACAAGUCAAAGAAGAAGGCUUUUGUCAAAUACUCGAGAAAGUGGCAAGAUGAAAAUGGCAAAAGACAAAUUAACAAAGACCUUAACAAAAUUGCUAAAUACUCCAAAGUUGUUCGUGUUAUUGCCCACACACAGGUAAAUACUAACUACUACUUUUUUCACUGUUGAAUAUUGCAUUGUAUUCUAGUUUAAACGCUGAAUUAUAAUAUUUUGUAUAAAUAAUCAUUUUUACCCUUUUACUAUGUAUGUCUAGAUGAAAUUGUUGAAGAAACGCCAAAAGAAGGCACAUAUCAUGGAAAUUCAAGUUAAUGGAGGAACUGUUGCUGAAAAAGUACAGUGGGCAAAGGAACAUUUUGAGAAGCCUGUACCUGUAUCCCAUGUCUUCGCCCCAGACGAGAUGAUUGAUUGUAUUGGUGUUACUAAGGGUCGUGGUUACAAAGGUAAUAUUUUAAUGGAAUACUUUUUUUCAUAUCGACAUACAAGUGUUUGUAUUUACAUGUGAUUUUGUUGAUUAAGGUGUUACUUCUCGUUGGCACACUAAGAAAUUGCCCCGUAAGACACACAAGGGUCUUCGUAAGGUAGCCUGUAUUGGAGCAUGGCAUCCUAGUCGUGUCCAAUUCACUGUGGCACGUGCUGGUCAAAAAGGUUACCACCACCGUACAGAAAUCAAUAAGAAGAUUUACCGUAUUGGACUUGGAAUUCAUACCAAGGAUGGAAAGGUAUUAAUUUACUGUUAAUAUUAAACUAUUCUUUAAGUUGACAAAAAUUGAUGGAUUAUUUUUUGGUAAUCAAACGGUGAAAGUGUUGUAUUGUAUUGCAACGUAUAUACCGUUACAUCAUAUACUAAUUUAGCCCAUUUUACUUUCGAGUUAAGAUUGAGGCUGAAGUCUGGCAUUAUUCCGUAACGUGCAAGAGCCCAUCGGGCCAUGACUUGCUAGUAGACCAUGCCUGGCACAUUUAUUUAUAUUGUAAUAUUAUAUUAUGGAUUGAAUGAUGAUAAUACAUGAUGUUUGCAUUCUUAAAAUUUUUGAUGAUACCACCAUGCUGCCUUCCUACUGACAACCAAGAUAAUAUUACAAUAUGAAUUAUAUUUAAUUUUUUAAUGAUGGAAUAGUUUGACUAUUCUGAUAGGAUAAGGGUCUUGACAUAAAUCGGGACGUAUAUACUAUCACAUCAAAAAUUGAUUUGACCCUCUAGGCCUUGUGUUUAGAUUGGUGUUAAAGGUUGACAUUAUUCCGUAACGUGUAAGAGUCCAUCGGGCAGUGACUUACUAGUAGACCAUGUCAAGUACAUUUUUUCUUAAAUAUUAGUGAAGAGUUAUAUUGAAUGAUGAUAACACAUGAUGUUUGUUUUCUUGAAACUUGUAUGAAGAUAACACCAUGCUGCCUUCCUACUGACAACUAAGAUAAUAUUGCAAUAUGAAUUAUAUUUAAUUUUUUAAUGAUGGAAUAGUUAGACUAUUCUGAUAGGAUAAGGGUCUUGACAUAAAUCGGGACGUAUAUACUAUCGCAUCAAAAAUUGAUUUGACCCUCUAGGCCCUGUGUUUAGAUUGGUGUUAAAGGUUGACAUUAUUCCGUAACGUGUAAGAGUCCAUCGGGCAGUGACUUACUAGUAGACCAUGUCAAAGUACAUUUUUUUUUGUUCAAAAAAAUUUCUGUAUUUAAAUUAAAUAACAAUUUGAUUACACUAAUUUUAUAUCUAUAUAAGUUUAUAAUUAUAAAACUAACUAGCAAAUCUAAAUAUAUAAUUAAGAUAUAAUUGGUCUUCAUAAAUUAUUUCACUGAAAUGAAUACAAAAGAAAUAUUAUUAUAUUAAUUUAAAUUUUAAAAUAAUUCUAAUACAUAUAUUUGGUUCAUAGAUCAUCAAGAACAAUGCUUCAACUGAAUAUGAUUUGACAGAGAAGACAAUUACUCCAAUGGGUGGUUUUCCUCAUUAUGGUGAAGUAAACAACGAUUUCAUUAUGAUAAAGGGUUGUUGUGUUGGUCCCAAGAAACGAGUCAUUACUCUUCGUAAAGUAAGUUUUUUAUUUGUAUUUCACAGAGGGUGUUAUUAUAUUAGUCUAUUUCUUUAUUAUUUAAUAAACCUAUGAUGAACAACAGAGCCAAUCCUAUGAAUGUCUGUGAAUUAAAUGCUUUAUCCCAAUUUAUCUGAGGUGUUUAAUAAUUAUAAGUAGAUCAAAAGAAUAUGAGUAUUAAUUAUAUUAGUUCUAAAUUUCUUUAAUAGUGAUAUAUUUAAUUUGUAUACUAUGCAACUUAAUGUGUUUUUAUUAUUGAUGUUCUCUUAGUUAUUAUGAAUUUUAUUGUAUUCUGCAUGUGACAAAUGGUCAUCAGUGAUACACAUUAUCUAUAGAACCUGGAAAAUAUUUAGAUUUAUUAUAAAAAUUCAGAGAACCGAAAAAUGGCUUCUAAUUGUACCACCAUACUUAAAUUUCCUUUCGGAUAGAGUGCUGCACUUGGAAAUUUUAGUAACAUUUUUGUUAGAAGUUGUUCACAGAAUCUAAAAGGAUUGAUAAGUUUAAUGUUUGGUCUCAUAAUUUGUCUGAUAAUUGCCAGUGAUGAUUUAGUUAUAAAAUGUUUACAGUUAGAUUCACUGAACAUAAUGAUGUCACUUUACUAGGGCGGUCUGAGGCUAUUAUAUUUUAUAUGACCUCACAUUUUGAUAUUUAAAAAUUCAGCACUUUCAUCUUCUCACUAGCAGAUUUAAUUUCAUUAAUAAAAUAUGAAUAAAUAUACCGUAUAUAAUAAAAAUGGUCUAUUAUUAAUAAUUGAAUAAUUAUUUUCAAAUUAUGAUUAAUGAUGCAUAACAACCAAGAGCCAAUUUCCUAUGAAAUAUUCAAUGAUUGUUUAUGUUUUACGCAUUGAUAGGACUGAGGUCAUAAUUUAAAAAUAAUUUUAUUGGUACAAUUAGUUUUUUAAAUAUAUUUUGGAAAAACCUAUGAUGAACAACAGAGCCAAUCCUAUGAAUGUCGGUGAACUGAAUGCUUAAUCCCAAUUUGUCUGAGGUUUUUUUCAUUAGAAGAAUUAGCAUUAUUUAAAUUUGUCCCUGUUGUAGUUUUAUAAACUUUUAAUUUACUCAAUAAUAGAAUUAAUAGAAUAAUAGAAUCACUGUAGCCUAAGCUAUUAAUUAUGUGGAUUCUUUGAAAGUUUCAGUACAUUGUUUUAUUUUAUUUAUUAACUUGAUUUGUUUUGGUUCAUAAUAAUAUUUUACACAGUCAAAUUAUGAUCAAUGAUGCAUAACAACCCAGAGCCAUUUUUUCAUGAAAUAUUCAGUGAUUGUUUAUGUUUAACGCAUUGAUAGGACUGAGGUCAUAAUUUGAAACUUACACCAAUUUAUUGUAUUAAUACUUAUUGGAGAAAAUCAUGUUUGAUAAUAUGCUGGUUAUUGGCUGAUCCUACUAUAUUCUGAUUCAUAUUUUAUUUUACAGUCCUUGUUGGUACACACAAAACGUGCUGCUUUGGAAAGUAUUAACUUAAAAUUCAUCGAUACUUCAUCCAAAUUUGGUCAUGGACGUUUCCAGACUAUUGCUGACAAGGCUGCAUUCAUGGGUCCAUUGAAGAAAGACAGGAUCCGAGAAGAAGAGAAAGCCACAGCCGCUACAAAAUAAUUGUACAAUUAUUUAUAUUUGGACAAUUGAUAAUAAAACACUA